AUGAGCAGGGUAGAUAUGCUGACAAGGAAACUUCUUAGAGAUUGGAAACAGCUCAUGCGUCAAGAACGAGCUUCUACUUACCAUUUGAGACCACAGGACUCCAAUUUGCACGUUUGGCAUUUGGUUAUUACAGACCCGAUCACACACAAUGAACAGUAUAUCAUGCUUUACAUAUACGGCAACGAGAUGGAUCCAGCUAUCAUAAUGAGGUGCUUGACACCCAAUAUACUGUUUCCUAUAAACAGAAACGUCUCUUUAUCUCAUUGGAAUUUUAUUCUGAAUGAAAACGGGUUUCAUGGUCUGAUACAAAAGAUAUGGCGUUCUUUCUUUUACGAGUCAGAGGCACCAUCAUCAUAUCUGUCCAAUUUUAGACUACUGCGAGCUUGGAACCGUAUUAUGUAUAGGGAAUUUAAAAAACUGUUUCCUGAAUUAAUCGGCUCUUUACAACAAGGUGAUUAUGAAAUGGUAAGGACAUUAGCUAAGAAGAUUAAUGAUAACAACCACAAUACUAAGACCCAGGAUUACAAUGCAUAUUCAAAUGAUAUAUCAAAUGUAGCUAAUCAAUGCUCUUCAGAGUAUUUGGUGGCCUGUGAUACCAUAAUUCCGAAUGAUGAUCGACCUUCCAUGAAAAGGACGUCGUCCAAUAUAUCUCAAGAAGGCCUCAUCAAUGAUAAUAACGAAAUAAUAGAUGAAGCACGACCACCGCAGAAAAAAAGGACCAAAAACCACAAGUAG